UGUCUUAUUCGCGCUCAAACGGAUUAUUGCGCAUGCAGCAGGAAAGACUAUAGCAGCUGAAAGUAAGAAAAUCGGGUAUAGGUGAAGGCGAUCUUCUUCUCAGGGAUUGGGCACAAACCCGCGGGUUCUGACGUGCAGAGGCUGCUGUGGAAACUUGGAUCAAAUUGUUUUUUCCCCCUGCUUGUUGGUGACACAGUUGAUGGCCGUCAUGCGGAUCGAGUCCGUCGGUCGGUUGUACAUUUUGCGUUUUCGCAUUUUAUAAAAAACAGUUGGAUGUGUUCUUCACAUCUUUACUUCAGAGGAUUACUAUUUCUCCCAGUGACUAUGGGGUCCCUGAUGUGGGACUGGAGGCUAUCCUGUCUGCUUCUUCACAUGGCUGUGUUGCUUCUGCUCAGCAAGGGGGAGAAGAUCUGCCCCGUGAGCUGUCGUUGUGAAGGGAAGAUCGUUUAUUGCGAGUCAGGCAUCUUCCAAGACAUCCCUGUAAACAUCUCCACGGGCUGCCAAGGUUUAUCGCUGCGCUACAACAACCUGCUGGUUCUGCUGCCCUACCAGUUUGCACAUCUGAAUCAGCUGGUCUGGCUUUACCUGGAUCACAACGCCAUCAGCGUCAUCGAUGCCUUGGCGUUCCGCGGCAUUCGCCGGCUCAAAGAACUGGUCCUCAGCUCCAACAAGAUCGCGCACCUGGAGAACAACACCUUUGGCUCCAUACCCAACCUGCGCAACCUGGACCUGUCCUACAACCUUCUGCAGUCCCUGCAGCCCGGCCAUUUCUACGGCCUACGGAAACUCCAGAACCUCCACCUCCGCUCCAACGGAUUGAGGCAGAUCCUCGUUCGCACCUUUCUGGAAUGUCGCAGCCUGGAGUUCCUGGACCUGGGUUACAACCGAUUACGGAGUCUCAACCGCACGGCGUUCCUGGGCCUGCUGAAGCUGAAGGAGCUUCACUUGGAGCACAAUCAAUUCUCCAGGAUUCAUUUCUACCUGUUCCCGCGGCUGUCGAACCUGCAGGCCCUCUAUCUGCAGUGGAACCGCAUACGAGCCAUCAAUCAGGGCUUGCCUUGGACCUGGCAUAAGCUGCUCAAACUGGACCUUUCAGGGAACGAGAUCCAGACCCUGGACCCGGAGGUGUUUCGGUGUAUGCCCCAUCUGCAAAUCCUCAACCUGGAGUCAAACAAACUCAGCAGUGUGCCGGUGGAGGCGGUCGCGGCGUGGACCUCCCUGACCACCGUCAGCCUGGCGGCCAACGCCUGGGACUGCCGGCCAAGCAUCUGCCCGCUUAUGGACUGGCUGAAGGCCCUGAAGGACCCCAGGGACAUCAGCAUGAUCUGCAGCCACCCCAAGGCCUUCCAGGGCGAGCGGGUGGUGGACGUGCUGAGGAACCACUCCCUGUGCGCGCUGGAGGAGGAGCCGACCACGCCCCUGUCCACCACCGCACACCUCGCCCAGGGCCAACCCGACUCCGCGGUUAGCACCACCACCACCGCCACACACCUCCCCUCCGGGGACAUCCAAGACAUCGAAAGCCCCCCAGGCGCCAACAUGACCAGCCUGCCCGCCUCCGACGCCGCGACGGGCCGGGGACGCACCACGACCACGACCCGGGCUCCGGACACCACCACCACCUCCCCACGGGCCCCGUUUCCUGGAGUAUCGUCGCCGACGUUCGCCCCGGAGCCUGAGUUUGAGCACAUGGCCUUCCACAAGAUCAUCGCGGGCAGCGUUGCACUGUUUCUGUCGGUGUCGUUGAUCCUGUUGGUUAUUUAUGUGUCCUGGAGGCGCUAUCCCAACACCAUGAGACAGCUGCAGCAGCAGUCGGUCAACCACAAGCGCCGGAAAAAAGCCCUCAAGCAGGAGGUUGACCCGAACUCCCAGAUGCAGGAGUACUACCUGACUUACCAUUCCAACUCGGAGACCAUGGACUCCCUGGUGGGCGAGGCCAGGCCCUGCACCUGCACCAUCUCAGGCUCCAUAGAGUGUGAGGUCUGAGGUCAGACUACCAGCACACCCUCCCAGAAUGUUUGUGGGCUUUUUUCUUAAGGGGCAAUUGCAAGCGAGGGGGGAAAUGACAUCGACCGGUUUUCCGUUGGAUCCAUCCUAUGGUCUUGCAAAGUGUUAAAGAAAUGCAUGUGUACGCUCUGCGUCCAGUUUGAUGGAUAACGCUGGUGUUCGUGGAGGCUUUAAAUUGGGAGAGGUCCCUUUUUGAGAGAACUGGCCCAAACUGACUUGAUGUGAUACCUUAUGUAUAAAAAAAUGAUAUCUUAAUUCUCUGAGAGACCUACGAGAGAGACUUCGUAAGAGAACCGAGCUCUACCGUCUUGUAGAAAUGGACUGGAACAGACAAUGAAACCGUGGAUAUGUUACAUUCAUUCAAAUCAUCUGGAUCCUAAUCACACUGUAGGCUUCCUCGCAAAGGAAUUACAAUGUGUGUGUGUGAGUGUGUGCAUGUGUGUAUAUGUGUGUGCUUGUGUGUGCUUCUGCGUGUGUGUGUGUGUGUGUGUGUGUGUGUGUGUGUGUGUGUGCAUCUUAGGGCUUGCGUGUGCUUCUGCGCGUGUGUGUAUGUGUGUGCUUGUGUCUGCUUCUGUGUGUGUGGUUGUGUGUGUGUGUUAAUGUGUGUGUGUGUAUGUGUAUGUGUAUGUCUAUGUGUGCGUGCGUGAGUUUGUGCGUGCAUGCUCACACGUCACACACAUACAGACACAUACAUCCACGCACAUACAUACACACACACACACACACACACACACACACACACACACACACACACACACACACACACACACACACACACACACACAAACACACACACACACACACACAUUCCCUACUUCAGAGACUCGUGGGGCAGUACGUCUUUGUGUGGAGCAGCCAUGGGAGCUUAUUGUCACCAGUGUGUCGAUUCAAACUGCUUAAAAUGUAAACCCAAGAGCAGAAUCAUCGCAGAGAAGCCUCAAUGUGUCCUGGAGAGGCAGUGUGUCCUGGGAUACUGUGCAUGACCUUAUUCAAUGAAAGACAAUGAGAUUUUAUUCCAAUUCAUUUUACGAUAUGAAAUACUCUACCUCAGUUCUUCUUUUGGAAAAGGGAGGAGCUGAAUCCAGUGUAAAGUCUCAGGACUAAUGUUGUUUUCUCUGAGUGUGCAACGUCGUCCACUGGUCCGUUCAACUCACAGUCGUCGUCCGUGCCAUUGAUGAUGUUCAUUUCCAUGGACCGUUUCCUAUUGUUUCCUGUCAUCACUGUAGACAACGUGGGUCAAUAGGCAUUCUAUGUGUGGUGAAUGUAUACUUCAACUGCAAUUUAUAAAGCUUUGUUGAUGACGACAUUGUUGUGUUAUUGAUGUGCCCGAAUAAUUCUCGCCCACUGGAUACAGCGGCGGAGCCUUUGAUUAAUGUCACGUCCGCCGCCUGCUAUUUGGUCAAUC